AUGGCUGCCAAAGAUGCGAAACUGUGGACCACGCUCGGAACGCGCUAUCAGGGACUGAUUCCUGUGACAGACCUCGUCGAUGAACAGCACCAGUUUCGAGUCACUGUCGUAUCCAAGAGUGGGCCACUGAGCCAAGCCAGAACAAGCCCUUGGACUUACUAUUCGGAGAAUGUCGCUGCGCCGGGUGAACCACUGAACGUCGCCGUGUCCAAAUCGACGCCGGACGGCCACUUCAUCGUCUCUCGGCUCACGUGGUCAACGGGCGACAAGUAUCCUUCGUGCAACUACGCUCUUGACCUCCUGCCGGACAAGUGGAAUGUCCCGCCUUCUCAUUUUAUACUUUCGAAGCCGUACGACGUUUUCCACUACGACAUGCGUGGACUCAGUUUUGACACCAACUACACGGUGGUCCUGCGAAGCACGGACACCACGGAGAAACUGGCCGGUGGCGCCGUCACUGUGUGGUUCAAGACGCCCAGCUGCCUGGACUGCUACCAGUUCAACUUCAGCCUCUGCGCUCCCGGACCCCCCAGCGAACUGAAGGUGCUCGAGGUCCAGCGUCCAUCGUCCACUUGGGUGGCGCCACCCAGUCGUGGCCUCCGGAUCGCCUGGUCACCGCCGGCGUACGCUUCGGAGGAGAACCGCGUACUCGGCUACCAGGUGACCAUCGAGGAGGAGCGCUCGAUCUUCGACAUCCAGGAGAAGCCAACGCGCAGGAUCAGGCGCACCGUGGGCGCCGAGACACAGCAGCUGAGCGUGUCGGAGAUCCUGGAUGGCGCCCUCUACCGUGUGCUGGUGCAGGCAGAGAGCCCUGCAGGUCUGGGGCAGCCGGCAAUCACCAAGUACAGCAGGCAGGCACGGUACAACACCGUGUUGUUGUGGAGCGUCGGGACCUGCGUGGUGUUCGUGGCCGUAGCCACGGCGAUCGCCUCCCGGUACGUCGUCCAUCAGCGGCGACGACCACCAAAGGCAAUCUCCCAAUGGGAGCUGGGUUCGUCGCCAGCAGCCGCCAAGAAGUCUGCCGAUUCAGAGCUCGAGUUCCUGCAGCUUCGCAGGAGCGCUUUCCGCCUGCUGCACAGGUCCUGGGACACGUAUGAGAUUCCUUUCGAGACGCUUGAACUGCACGAGGAGAUCGGCCGCGGCGCCUUCAGCGUGGUGCACAGGGCUCACGUUUGGGUCGGCAAGCUCCGCGAGACGGUCGCCGUCAAGAUGCUCAAGGACCUGCCGACGUCCGAAGAGAGGAGGGACCUUCGGCGAGAGAUUGAGCUCCUCAAGCUUGUGGGUAAGCACGCGAACGUGGUCAGCAUGCGAGCCUACUGCACGAUGGGUCCCAGGCUGGCGCUGGUCGUUGAGUACUGCCCACUGGGUGACCUCAGGACGUACCUCAUAAGGACCAGGGCCCGACUCGGAAAAGGGGAAGGUACAUCUGGUGGCGGACAUUUCGCUCAUGAAAACGGAUUGGAUAGUGCUGAUGUAGGUUUGCUCAGUAUACCUACAACAAGCACCGACUCUGGAAUUCCAGAAGAUCUUGGAGAAGUGCCGUCACUGCUGCAUCUUCUGUCGCUGGCACGGCAAGUCGCCCAAGGAAUGGAGUUCCUGUCCUCGAAGCGCGUGGUGCACCGCGACUUGGCUGCCCGAAACGUGCUGCUCGUCACCGAACAGCAUGCCAAGAUUGCCGACCUGGGCCUCUCUAGGGACAUGUACGAGGAAGGCCUGUACCGCAAGCAAGGCGCCGGUCGCCUGCCGGCCCGCUGGAUGGCGCUGGAGUCGCUCUCCCACAUGACCUUCACCACCAUGAGCGACGUGUGGUCCUUCGGCGUGCUCCUGUGGGAAGUGGCUAGUCUGGGCGCCACGCCUUACCCUGGCGUCGCCAACCACCAGCUGUUGGACCUUCUGUCGACAGGCCACCGCUUAGAGAAGCCGGCCAGUUGUCCACAGGAAACGUACGACCUGAUGACUUCAUGCUGGAACGCCAUCCCCAUCUGCAGGCCAACGUUUUCGGCGAUCGUGAGCAAGCUCGACGAAAUCCUGGAGCAGUCGCAGGGCUACUUCAACUUCAACACGGAGUCGGAGUAGCACGGCUUUCCCGUCACUCAGUGCAGCGGUAGCCAUUUGACGGUUCUCAAGUUCAAGUUGCGCAAAGCACGGUUUCCCUGCACAAGGACUGGAGCAGGACGCACCAGGACAGUUGUGGCAUCACAAGUACUACUCUUACUUUUGUCGGCUGCCACUACCGAUAUGAAACCUGUUAA